UAUAAAGCACGGGCCUGUUGAGCUCUUUUGGUCAGUUUGUACAAAGAAAUGUUGAGGGGAACAAUUGGAAUUCUUUUUCUUGCAUCACUCGCACUUGCUCGAGUGGGCUAUGGACCAGGGGAGCAGGAUUGGGGGUAUGUGGAUGUACGACCAGGUGCACAUAUGUUCUACUGGCUGUACUACACAACAGCCGACGUGGUGCAGUACACAGAUCGUCCUCUGGUGAUUUGGCUACAGGGUGGCCCAGGAGCCUCAUCGACGGGCUAUGGGAAUUUUGAGGAAUUGGGCCCAUUGACGCUCGAGGGGGAGGAGAGAAAUUUCACCUGGGUGCGAAACUACAAUGUCCUCUUCAUUGACAAUCCCGUUGGCUCGGGCUUCAGCUACGUCGACGAUCAGAGCCUCCUCACAAAGACCAAUGAAGAAAUUGCCAAUGAUCUCGUGACGUUCAUGAAGGAAUUCUACAGGAGGCACCCGGAAUUUCAGCUCAUUGACCUGCACAUCUUCUCCGAGAGCUACGGCGGGAAGAUGGCGGCAGAAUUUGCCUAUGUGCUGGACAAAGAGAUUAAACUGGGAAAUAUUGUUUGUCAGCUCAAAUCUGCCGGAUUGGGUGAUGCGUGGAUCUCUCCAAUUGAUUCAAUGAUCUCCUGGGCACCGUACUUGUGGGAUAUUGGUGCCGUGGACAGGGAGGGUGAACGUCGUGUGGCAGCAGCCACGGAACUCACGAGAAUUGCUCUCGAUGAGGGAAGAUUUGUCGACUCAACUAAUCUCUGGGGUUACACAGAGCAAGUUAUCUCAGAAGUAACAUACGGCAUUGAUUUCUACAAUGUUCUCUUCAAGAAAACCUACCGAGAUGCAAUGGCUAAGAUUCAGGAUCUCCGGAUGGAUAGACCAAGAGCAAUGUACCGCACAUUGGUGAAGUUUGAUGCCAGAGACGCUAGAGAUGACAUGCUGGAUGACCUGAUGAAUGGACCAGUUAAGCAAACACUCGAAAUUCCCGAGGAAGUACGUUGGGGAUCACAGAGUUGGCCAACAUUCAAUGUUCUCCGUGAGGAUUUCAUGAAGCCCGUCACGGAUGUGGUUGAACUCCUCCUAAACACUACGCAAGUUGAGGUGAUUGUCUUCAGUGGGCAGUUGGAUCUCAUUGUAGCCACUCCGGGUACGGUGAUGUGGGUGGAUCGCCUAAAGUAUCCACAGAAGGAACAAUAUGUGACAUCCAAGAGGGAGGGUCUCGGUGUCGAUGGCAUCCUCGAGGGUUACUACAAGACAGCCGGGAGAUUCUUCAUGUACUGGGUCAAUAGGGCGGGGCAUAUGGUACCAGCUGACAAUCCUGCUGCAAUGGACUUCAUCCUCCAGCGAGCCACCGGUGUUCCAGCCUCUUAACCCACUCUCUUGUCCAUCAUUGCGCACAAAUAAAAGACGAUGCGACACAUGUA